AUGUUGUUGAUCAUCAAGGGUAAAUUUGUCCAAAAAUAUCAGAGCUUUGGCUGGAAAGUAGGAGUGAUGGGUGAAAAGAUUGUUGGAGGGCUAGAUGAGCUAAUGCCAUCUCUUCCAUCAGCAACUGGGGCUAAGGCUGUAUCAUUUUCAAAAUUAAUUAUUCAGCGAAGUCAUCUGCACAAGGAGGGCCUUUUAGCUUUCCAUACUUUAAAGCAGCUAUUGCUAUCUCUAUAUCACAAGUUACACAGGUGCAGACACCUGAAAUUCUUUGGUUGUCAAAGCAGAUUAAGGAGAAGCAGAAAGAAGUUAUUUGAAAUGGAAUGA